AUGACUUCAGGCAGGAUGCGCACGAAGCUUACCAAUGCCUUCCCUUGGAUCGCCUCUCCUUUCAUCGUCGGCGCACCAAUGCGCGUCAUGGCUGGUCCCCGCUUAGCUCUUGAAGUGUCCAAAGCUGGUGGUUUAGGUUUCAUUGGCCCCGGUGCUAAGCCUGAAGAUACAGCUAAAGAUCUUAAAACGGUACGCGAAAUGCUGAGCGAGACUCCAAGGUCUUUCUUUCCAGACUCAUAUCAAUGUGGGAAGACACUGCCGCUGGGUGUAGGAUUCCAGCUCUGGAACGGAGAUCUUCAGUCAGCAACCAAAGCAGUAGGAGAGUAUCAUCCUUGCGCUGCAUGGCUGUUCGCUCCUCGAAGGGGACAAGACGAGCUGGACGAAUGGACAGCCAGCCUUCGUGAGGCGUCGCCUGGUAUUCACAUAUGGAUCCAGACUGGUACCCUGAAAGAGAGUGUAGAGGCUGCGAAUAGCGCUCACCAACCAGACGUACUGGUGAUCCAAGGUGUGGAAGCCGGUGGUCAUGGAAGGGCAAUAGACGGCAUGGGCAUCAUGACUCUCUUCCCCGAAGUCGCAGAUCAAGUUCGCGAUUCAAGAAUAUCAUUGAUAGCCGCUGGAGGAAUCGCUGAUGGCCGCGGUAUCGCUGCUGCACUUGCUCUUGGAUCUCAUGGCGUGGCUAUGGGUACACGCUUCCUCGCAUCUACCGAAGCCCGCAUCAGCAAAGGCUAUCAGAACGAAGUUGUACGCGCUACGGACGGUGCUCAAAGCACGACCAAAACGAUGCUGUACAACCAUCUACGAGGCACUAUGGGCUGGCCCGAGCAGUAUAGCCCCCGCGGCAUUACGAAUAAAAGCUGGCAUGAUCACCAAGCGGGUGUCUCGUUUGAGGAGCUGAAGAAACUUCAUGACGAAGCUGAGAAGUCGGGAGAUGCUGGGUGGGGACCAGAGGGAAGACUAGCUACAUAUGCCGGGGCUGCAGUCGGCCUGGUGCAUAGUGUCGAGGAUGCUGGAAGUCUGGUGAAGCGCCUGCAAGACGAGGCAAGAGCAAUUAUCGGAAGUCUGCAUGAGAUUUUAUAA